GAGACACGGCACACAGACAGACAGACGGACAGACAGGAAGAGAGGAGCUAAAAUGGUCUUAAACUGGAAUACACAGCGACUGACAGCACACUGCAAACAUGGACUCUGAAUCUUUGGACCGGUGCAUCCAGUCGGCUCUGGCAGCCCUCUACCCACCCUUCCAAGCCACAUCCCCAACUGUCCUCUGUCAGGUGCUCAGUGUUGUGGAGCGCUAUUACCGAGGAGACGGCCUCCGCUACCUCCUCCACUUCCUGCUGCCGGCAAAGCAGUUCUUACAGAACCUCCAGCAGGAUGCCUGUCUGCAGUACUGUGGUUUCCUGUUUCGUCAUGAAGGCUGGCCUUUGUGCAUCCACGAGAAGGUAGUCGUUCAGCUCAGUCAUCUGGACCCACGCCUCCUCUGUCCAGGAGACUUCUACCUGCUGGUUUCUCCUUCUGCAGCCCCACCCCCUCCUCGAGCACACAGGGCCUCCUGGAGGGGCGACAUCCCGUUAAAACCCCGCCUGCUCCUGUGCAGCAAGUCGGCCGGCAGCCAUCAUGUGGAGCAGCAGGAGGUGUCUGGCGUAGCUCUGCAGUCUCUCUUUGGCAUGGCCUGGUUAGACUCCGUCAACAGGGAGAGGGAGCAGCGUGGAGCAUCCAGGUUGGAGCGCUGCCUCCUCUCCGCCCACGGAGACGUCUUUAGGGUCCCCUGGGAGGAUCUGGUCUACCCACAAUUCAUCAGUCGGCCCUGUACUGCUCCGAAGGAGGACCAGGACUCCUCCAUUAAGGGCAAAGAUCUGGCAAUCAAGACAUCAUCUGACAACAACAGAGAAGCAACCUCUUCAAGUGAUGUGAAGCACCUCCCAUCUUCGCCUAAAACCGACCAAUCACCAGCAAACAGCGGGGGCGAGGACUCGGAGGGGGAGUACGUGGAGCUGACGGAACUCCCGCUUCCUCGCUUCUCCCCACAGAAAGGCUCUUUAACCCAGUCCAUCAGCCUGCAGCACCGAGCCAGGACAAGUACACAUACCACCACACACACACUGUCUGCUGCUACCGCACACACUCCUCAAACCACCAACAUACACUCUGCUGCUUCCACACUCACUGCUCACGCACACAGCAACUUCCCGCAGCCCUGUGAGGAUGCAACCUGCAGGCUCAUGGAAGAGAGCAUCCACCAGGACCACCGUGAAGCUGUGGUCCCGACCCCCUUCUCCUCCUCUGCCCCUCCUGAAGUCACAGGAACAUCCAUCUGUGAAUCGGAAGAAACAAAAGGUACUGACACAGGCACAAAUCUGAACACUGAACCUGAAACCUGCACAGAAAUGAGCGUGGAGGAGGGGGGGGAGGAGCGAAGUAACAAGGAGGAAGCUGUAAUUUCAGCUGCUGAGGAAGAAGAGGAGGUGCCAGAGGAGGAAAAGUUCCCAAGUGAUGAGGAGGAAGCUGAAAGUGAAGAUAAAGAGGGAGAUGGAGAAGACGAGUUGAAUGAAGAUGAGGUAGAAGAAGGCCCAGAGGAAGUAGAGGUCGAGGAGGAGAUUCAGGUUAUGAUUGUGCAACAAAGUAAAGAAAGAAAUGAGGAUGAGGAAAUAGUGACAGAAGAUGCAAGAGGAGGAGAGACAGAAGAAGAAAAGGGAUGUGGAGAGGUUCACACAGAUAAAGACUCUUAUUUUGAAAGUAACGCAAAACAAAAGCAAUCUGAGGACUUUUAUUUAAAAAAUAACACACAACAAGCACACUCCAUCGACUCGGAUUAUAAAGACUCUUAUUCUGAAAAUAGCACAAAACAGAAACACUGGGAGGGCUCUUAUUCUGAAAGCAAAACUACAGAACCACACUACGAGGACUCUUAUUCUGAAAACAUAAAACCAGUAAAAACCUCAAAUUCUGAAAGUGAUGCACAGCAAUCGCACUCCAGUAACUCUUGCUUUGAAAAUUGCAAAACACAAAUACAUUCUGAGGAAUCUUAUUCUGAAAGAAUAGCUACAGAAUCAUAUUGCAAGGACUGUUAUCCUGAAAAUAACAAACAAACACUACACACUGAGCACUCUUAUUCUGAAAACACAGCACCAGAAACGCACUCCUUGGACUCUUAUUCUGAAAACACAGCACCAGAAACACACUCCUUGGACUCUUAUUCUGAAAACACAGCACCGGAAACGCACUCUGUGGACUAUUCGGAAAACAUAAAAAAGGUAGACUCAGAAACCUUAUAUCCUGAAAAUGCCACACAGCGUGCACACGCCAUUGACUCUUAUUUUGAAAGUAACAAACCACAAAGUAAAUCUGAGCAGUCUUAUUUUGAAAACAUAGCUACAGAGUCACAUUGCGAGGACUGUUAUCCUGAAAAUAACAAACAACCACACAUUCAGGACUCUUAUUCUGAAAACACAGUACUAGAAACAUACUCGGUGGACUCUCAUUCUGAAAACACAGUACGAGAAGCACAUUACAAAGACUCUUAUUCUGAAAGUGACACUAAACAGACAGACUCCAAUGACUUUAAUUCUGAAAAUAACAAGCAAGAGAUAGCAAGAGACUCUUAUUCUGAAAGCAACAUAAAAGAGACAGACACUGAGGGCUCGUAUUCUGAAAACACAGCACCAGAAACGCACUUCGCGGACUAUUAUUCUGAAAAUACAGCAAGAGAACGACACGCUGACUCAGAAAAAAAUAAACAGCGUCACACUGAGUGCUGUUCUUUUGAAAAAACAGCAACAGAACCAUAUUACAAGGACUCUUAUUCUGAAAAACAGUCACAGCACACAUGCUCUGAAGAGUCCAGCACAGGAUACAAGCAGAUCAAGGAUUUGUUUUCUGAAAACAGCACACAUCUAACACAACACAGGGACUCUUAUUGUGAAAGCAACACACUGCAAACACAUCAAGGAACUUUUAAUUCUGAAAAAGAAACACAACCUCAGAGCUCUUCUGAAAAUAAUACAGAAGACUCUCACUUAGCAAGCACAUAUUCUGAAAGUGCACCUGACCCUGGGGACUCUUAUUCUAAAAACAAAGCACAUUGCGAUGACUCUUAUUCUGAAAGCAGUGCACUUCAGGGACCCACAGAAGAAUCGGAUCAAUCCAGUACUGGAGAGAAUAAUGCAGAGGAGUGUAAAACACUGCACUGUGUCUCCACACCAGCAGCACAUCAAAACUUGCUUCCGACAAAAGCUGAGGAGUCCAACAGUGGACAGGAAGUCCAAAAAGAAGAGGAGCGGUGGAGCUGUGAGGAGGCUGCUGGAGCUUCAGAGUGUCACACUGAAGGCCUCUGCAGUGAGCUGCGUCCUGCCCAGUCAGAGGUUGCUCUGGCUGCUGGUUCGAAUCCGACAGAACAACCAGCAGCUGUUCCAAGGAUAGUCCAGCCUGUCACCCAGUCCAGACUGUACAGUAUGCUGCUGAGGUCUGGAGCUGUUUGUCUGCCUGGAACCAGAGACAAAGGUGGGCGAGCGCUGCUUACCGUCUCCACCACGAGCCCCGUGUGGUCCCACCUGGACUGUGACAGCACUGAGCUGCCCCGCCUCCUCCUUUACUACAUCUCCACCCUCAGGAAGGAGGUGCUAGCGUCGGGGCUGACGGUGUUGGUGGAUGCCCGUGGAGCUGCUCCCUCUCCCGCCCUGUACUCCGCCCUCAGGUCGCUGCAGGAGGACACACCAGGCUCCAUCCACGGUGUUUUGAUCCUUGCUAACAAGGACUCAUCUCUGCGUGUGGACAAACCUGCAGCUACACAGGUGGAGGUGCUGAGCUCUCCGAAGUAUGUUCAGAAACACGUGGAGCUCCGACAGCUUCCCGUGGAGUUUGGAGGAUCCUUCAGCUUCAGUCAGAGCAGCUGGGUCAGCUUCAGAUUGAGACUGGAGCAGCUGACCCGUCAGUGUGAGGACGUCAUCAGCCUGCUGCAGAAGAGCAUCAACGCGCUGCAAUCCACAACUUUACCAAACACUGCUGAGGAUGCCGAGCUGCUGCUGUCCCGCUACAGGGCAGUGAUGUGCAGCAUCCUCGCAGACAGCCGAUUGGUGCAGCUCCAGCAGGAGGGCGGCGCCUCGCUGUCGUGGCUGCGCAGGGAGGAGAGCAGCGUCGGCGUGGCAGUGGACCAGCGGGCGGCGGUGGAGUCAGUGUCGGCUCUGUACGAGCAGGUGGACGAGCUGCUCCACCGCCUGGUGAUGCUGUCCAACUCCAAAACGCAGGAGCUGAACUUCAUCGUAGACUUCAGGAACCUGGAGCAAGGUUUCAGCGAGGUGAAGACGUGGCUACAGGAGGUUGGUGAAGUUCGUCUGAAGAGUCUGGAAGAGCCGGCAGACUCUCUGGUGCUUCUGAAUGAAAAACAGCAGGACUACAAGGACUUCUGCACAACGGCAUACGACCAGUGUAAACGAGGCAAGGAGCUGCUGUCUCGGCUGGAGCGCCGGGACGACGUGCCGUCCGCUGACCUCCACAUUUACGAGGACAAAGUUCACUCCUUCUGGGCUCAGCUGCAGGAUUUCACUCAGCGGGUCAGCAGUACCGGGCAGAACAUCGAGCGGGCCGUCCGACUCUACGGCUUCUUAGAUCAGGCUUAUGGCUGGGCGCUGCAGGGUAUGCGUCACCUAGCUGGGAUCAGUAUGGAGGACUGCACACUGCCAGACAAAUGCCAAGCUGUGAUUGGCUGCCUGGAGGACUACCAGCAUCUGCACCCACCAAUCCCAGACGCCUGUUUUCAGGAAAUGAAGGUGGCUGCGGGUGAACUGCGGGGCGAGCGAGGCCUUCGUCAGUGGAGCUUCGCCUGGUCCAAGUGUCAAGAGACCAAGAAGAUGUUUGACAGGAAGAUGGAGGCAGCACUCAAGACGCGUGACUCCGCCCACAGGCGCCGCUCUGACUCUGCCACCAGCAGGAGCUCCAUCUCCUCCAGGAAGUCUCUGUCAGGACUCUGGGGGGCCCGUGACACCUCCUCAUCGUCCUCCCGCCUGCCAGAGGAGAAAACAAAGGCCUCCUCACCCCCUUGUAAUGCCUCCUCGGUGCUUCCCAUUACCUCCACCCCUGCUGCCUCCGCCUCCCCUCCCACCCCGCAGCACACGCCGCUCCUCCGGCGACUUUUUCGCAGCUCCUCCUCAGACGAGUCCUCAGACCGUGUGGAUAUCACUUCCUGCAGUCCCAGACUCCACCGCCUGGAUUCUUCUCCCUGCUUCACUCCAUCAUCGUCUUCCUUCUCCCUCUCCUCUUCCUCCUCUUCCUUCUCCUGCAGACGACAGCAGCUCAGGAAGACUCAGAGUUUCGACUGCCCCGCCACCCCGGAGACGUCGCGCUACAGCCCGUCUGCUCGCGCCCUCAGCGAGCCAGUGCGCAGAGGAAACACGGGUGUGUUCAUUCGUGGUCUGGAGGUCAGCAGCACUGAGGCAGCAGACCGCACGCUCUGCCCCAGGACGCCUUCUCACAGCUGGGCAGGACAGGGGCCACAUAGCCCCGGGACACCCAGCACACCCACGGGAGAACCCCGACCCAGGGGCAGCAAGCUGCGUCACAUUGUGGAGGAGAUGGUGAACACAGAGCGCGAGUACGUCCGCUCGCUGCGUUACAUCAUACAUCACUACUUUCCCGAGAUGGACCGAGCAGACCUCCCGCAGGAUCUCAGGGGGAAACGCACCGUCGUCUUCGGCAACCUGGAGAAACUCCUGGACUUCCACAGCCAGUUUUUCCUGAAGGAGCUGGAGGCCUGCUCGAAGCAUCCGCUCAGAGUGCCACACUGCUUCCUCAGACACCAGGAGCAGUUCGGUCUGUACGCUCUUUACAGCAAGAACAAACCCAAGUCUGACGCUCUUCUGGCGAAUCACGGACACUCCUUCUUCAGAAGGAAGCAGCUGGAGCUGGGCGAUAAGAUGGACCUGUCCUCCUACCUGCUGAAGCCCGUUCAGAGGAUGAGCAAAUACGCGCUGCUCCUCACUGACCUCAUGAAGGAGGUGGGCGUGGCACAAGAGGCGGAGCUUACUGCACUGCAGUCUGCCACCAAUAUGGUCAAGUUCCAGCUUCGCCAUGGAAACGACCUGUUGGCCAUGGACGCCAUUCGAGACUGUGACGUGAACCUGAAGGAGCAGGGUCAGCUGAUCCGGCAGGACGAGUUCACUGUCUGGAGCGGGAGGAGGAAAUGUCAGCGUCGCAUCUUCCUGUUCGAGGAGCUCGUCCUCUUCAGUAAACCUAAGAAGAUGGAGGGAGGGCUGGACGUCUUCAUCUACAAACACUCCUUCAAGACGGCGGACGUUGGUCUGACAGAGUCGACGGGGGACAGCGGGCUGAGGUUUGAGAUCUGGUUCAGGAGGAGGACAUCCAAGAAUCAGACCUUCAUCCUUCAGGCGACAACGACGGACACAAAACACGCCUGGACAAACGACAUCGCCCGAAUCCUGUGGACCCAGGCCACGAGGAACAAAGAGAUGCGUUUGAAGGAGAUGGUGUCGAUGGGCGUGGGCAACAAACCGUUCCUGGACAUCCAGCCGAGCGACGCGGCCAUCAGCGACCGAGCUGUUCACUACAUGAUGAAGAGCAGAGGUGCCAGAACGCGGGCGUCCAUCGCCGUCUCCGUCUUCGACCAUUCGAAUCCUUUUAAAAGGGGAGCAGUGACCUCUGACCCCGCAGCAUUAGGCCCGUCUUCAGCCAGCCUGCUGGGACCGCUCAAUCUGCACAUGUACAGUCAGAGCAUCCCCCCUCCUCCCACCGCUCAGAGCUCCUUCAGCGCUUCGUGCAUCGAGGAAGACGAGCAGGAGCACGAGACCAGCAGCCAGCCCUCGAUGACCACUGAGAGUUCAGGUUCGUCGUCUCGCUGCCUCUCCGGCUCUACUGGCUCCGACAGCGGCUGCGUGUCCUCCCACCUCCAGGAAGCGCUGCCCGAGGAGCCCUCCCCCUCUUCCUCCAGCAAACAGCACCUCAACAGCCCAUACAUUUCAGCUAAAUCAGCUGCAGUUAUCAGCCCGGCAACCAUCGUGUGAUCAGCUCGCCUGAAUGACGUUCCUGUUCGUCUGCUUCCUGCUGCAGUUCUGCGUUUCCUCCUGUUUGACCCGGACGUUGGAGCUGCUUUCAUUUGUGUUGUAAAUAAGGACAGUUUGAGUUCGUCUCCUCGCCGCCGCGUCCGUUUGUCAUGCUGAUCCAGGGUCAGUCUGCGGGCGGGCCGGCGUGCUGUGAGGACGGCAGGUUUGUGUCUGUACAUGUGUGUAAAUAAACCCUCAGCUGAGCGUCUGCUGUCACUUUUUACUUGAAUAAUAAACUGAGUUUGUUCACAUG